CUUCCUGGAGCCCAGACGAGUCCCCAACUUAUCUCGAGUGCGUUCGUUAUAAUCUCGGCAGAUAAAACUUUUGAUGAACUGAUUCAGACUCGCAGACGUAUAGUUUUAAGUCGGGAACAAAGCAGGGAAUCCGUGAAAGAAUACGCCUGUCAUGGAAUUAAGGUUGAAUAUAAUUCUGAACAUUUUGUUGAUCUGUCAUUUCGUCGCUUCAUCUGAAGACAGCGGAUUGGCAGAAGAAAAUGUCACCAGUGGAGGGAAAACAUGGGCUCUACUCGUGGCAGGCACAAACGGGUGGUCGUACUAUCGACAUCAGGCGAACAUUUGUCACGCUUACAAAACUCUGGUGAAUAAAUUCAACAUGCCCAAGGAUCGAAUAAUAACGAUGUUCUACGAUGAUGUGGCGAACGAUGGAAGGAAUCCUAGGCCUGGGGAGCUGAUCAAUGAGCCCAACGGGACGGACGUGUAUAAGGGUGUCGUAAAAGAUUACACGGGCGAGAAAGUCUCCUUGGACAACUUCUACAAAAUUCUGAAGGGAGACAAAUCGAGCAAGGGAAAAGUAAUCGAACCGAAUGCUCAGAAUCGGAUAUUCAUCUUCUUCACAGGAACUGGUGGGAAAGGAGGGUUUUCGCGACUGAUCGGUGAAACCAUUUGGGCAGACAGUUUCAGCAAAACUCUCCUCGAUUUGAAGAAGAAUAAAAAAAUGAAAGAAGCCCUUGUCUAUUGGGAGAGCAGUCAUUCAGGGGCAAUGUUUGAUACGUACUUACCAUACUCAAGUGGCAUUUUAGCGCUGACAUCAGCAGCGGCAGACGAAGACUCGUUUGGAUGGUACUGCAACGUUGAUGAUAUGCCUGUAUGCCUUGCCGGUCAUUUCAGCAGUUGUUGGCUGGACAAUGCAGACCAGAAAUCAGCCCCAAAACAAAGCAUCUUCGAGCAUCAAAAUGGUGUUCGACAAUGUGUGACCAGCAGCCAUCCAAAUUUGUACGGAUCUUUUAAACUGGGCUUGAAGAAACUACCUUAUUUCUUCGGUGGAAACAAAAUGGCGGAGGACUCUAGAUCUGAUUUUGCUGCCCCUGAUGAACUCUCAGAACAAGACUCUCUUAGAGUUGCUUCCGAAGAAAAUACACAGGAGGAAAAAACCAAGGGACUGGCCGAGAUAGACAUCCCGGUCGCAAUGUUGGAGGGACAGAUCUCCAACGCCAAGUCUGUCGAGGAGAAAACACGGCUCGAGGAAGAACUUACGUUGUUAAAAAAGAAUCGCAAUUUGAUGGAUCAAACUAUGGAUAAAAUUUUGGAUCUGUCGAUGGGAGGGUUGAAGGUUGACUUACAAGAUUCUUCCUUUACUGAGCACAGGCGCUGUUUCAAAAAACUAGCUAUUCAAUUCCAAAAGCUCUGUUUUGACAACAGCAACUACUACGUUGACCAUAUUCUGCCUAAGCUGUUUACCGUCUGCAAGGCAAGUGCCGAAGAGCGGGCAAUAGAAUCAAUGUCAACUGUUUGCACCGAACAACACCGAUCUCUCAAAAAUGCAGUUUAAGCUCCUCCUUGAAUAAAGAAUUAUAGUUGCACACAUGUUAACGAAAACUUAAGUUUUUUGAAAAGUUUCACAAUAGAUUUCAAAACACGUAAAAACGCUAUAUUGUAACAUCUUGAUAUAAAUACAGGAAUUUGUGUC